AGUCAGUUUAAGAUUACUAAUUAAUCUCAAAAGAGAUUAUGAGUAUCUUAAAGAGUUAAUGAGUAUCUUAAAACUGCCUGUUUCUCUUAAUUGUCCAAAGGCCACUUGAUCCUGGAGUGUAUAAAAUACCAAUGUAUGAAGAGGAAAAGCCCAGCUGAGGCAGCCAGCAAACAAACAGCAGACAGUGACCAAGUGCUGUGUUUGCCAGGAAAGAUGCCAAAAGCUGUUUUCACCUUCAUUCGUCUGUUUGUGCUCUUACUCGGUUUCUCACUUAUUUGUCUGGGAGUUCUCUGCGUUUCCUCCAGUUCCUCCUGCAGAUGUGGAAAAACUGAGCUGAUGUUUUAUUGCCUGGUAGCUUUGGGGUUAUUUCUCCUUGUGGCUGGCAUUUUCUGGAACACUUCCCAUGAGGUCUUGAAAUGCAGGGUUCUCAGCAGCAUCUUCAUUCAAAAUCCCAGCCAUAGGGAGCUACGUAUCAGCACCAUAGACAGGCCUGACUUCUAUCCCCCCUCCUAUGAAGACAGCACAGAUCCUGAAAAACAGUCUUCUGUGCUGCCGGUUGACUCCACAAUAAAACAGGAAGAAAUCAUCAACAUGCCUCCACCUCCAUAUAGUGAAAGCAGCGCAGAGCUCAUCGGUGAAACUGAUGAGCAGGAACAGCCACCACCUUAUGAAUUAUCUGUGCAGUGGCUACAGCAGCAGCAAACAGCUGACCAACGCUCAAACCUCAGAAGAACAGAGUCAAAUUUUAAUCCAUCCACACAAGAAAAUAGUUACCAACAGGAUACAGACUGCCAGGGAAUCUCAGAAAGAGCAACACCUGUCAGAACAUCUGAGACAGGCAGUGGGUAAAAAUCCUGCAACUGUGAAACAGGGAAAAUUGUAAGAAGACAUGUGUCAGUGAUCCCUGACAGUACAUCACUUAGGGUGGAGCUGCCCAGGAGAAGCACUGAUCAUUUGUGUAUUCGAGCGGAGCUGGAGGGGAUAUGUAUAUAUAUAUAUAUAGGGGUGCUUGGUGUUUCAAACCAGAAUGAAUUUCUGUACAGAUAGAAAUAAUCAGGCUGUAUCUCAUAAAAGUCAGUAUCACUGGAAACAGCAGUUUCUUAUGCUGCCAGAUAAAUAAGCAUCAUGCUGCUAUCAAUCUUAAAUGUCUUGUGCCUCAUAAGGAGUUUUGACUGAAAGUCCUCACUUGUACUUUUGUAACACUAGCUGACUUGGGAAACUUAUUAACUCAGCUUUCGUUUGGAAUUUGUAAAUUAUUUGUUGUAACUGAUUAUUUUUGUAUCAUAUACUUCUGAAGUUACUUGUUUUAUUUUGGGGCACAAAUAGUAGGUAUUUUACUAUUGAAUUAAUGACUAUGUUUUGUAUUUAAAACAAAUGCCAUGUACUUGCCCAUAUGAUACACGGUGUCCGUGAUUCAUGAUAAGUACACAAUACAAUACUCACAAUACAGUUCCAAGUUGCUAAACAGACAGCCCUGGAUAUACCACAGCUUCUCAAAGGGAACUAGAAAUUGCAGGAGGAAAAUCCCUCUCUGACCCACUCCUUUGAGCUGUCUCUAAAAGCAGUUGCUUCCACUGCAGCCUACCUGAGACUUUGGGAACUAAAAAAGGGGUCCCAUAUCCUGUUUCUGACACAAGUGGCCUCACGGUUAGGGAACAUGUACCAGAAGGAGAACAGGCUUGGACUCAUCCUUCCUCUGUUACAUGUUUCCUUCCUUUCAUGGAACAACUGAAGCAAAGUUGCAUCCAGGCCACUGUCAACUGUAAUUCCAGAUGACAACAAAAAUUUUGCUCAGAUUUUGACCUGCAGCCCUGACUAUAGUUGGAGUUUUGCUUUUGGCUGCAGAACCAGUGAGACUGAAAAGUUAUCACACUUUCCAGAUGCCCACAUACCCUAAGAUAACAACUUCAGCAUGUGAAGUGUACAGCAUGGCUGCUUGUGCACUGCAAGUGCAAGCUCUGGUGAUCAUGGUAACAAU